GUUCACUUUGCGAUCCAGCAUUCAUACCCACCCCCCACAUUAACACCCAAUCUCUUGCACCUUAAAAAUCCUCUCUUCAACAAACAAGAAGAAAUGGGGGUCAAGACCGAUAAGCAGCAGUACUUCAACAAGCUGAAGGGCUUGUUGGAAGACUACAAGUCCAUCUUCAUUGUCUCCGUCAACAAUGUCGCCUCCCAGCAGAUGCACGAGAUCCGUAAGGCUCUCCGUGGCCGCGGUGUCGUCCUCAUGGGAAAGAACACCAUGGUCCGUCGUGCCGUGCGCAUCUUGAUGUCCGACUUCCCCGAGUACGAGCGUCUCCUUCCCCACAUCAAGGGUAACGUCGGUUUCGUCUUCACCAACGAUGACCUGAAGGUUAUUCGCGAUGUCAUCCUCGACAACAAGGUCGCCGCCCCUGCCCGUGCCGGUGCCGUCGCUCCCGCCGACGUCUACGUCCCCGCCGGAAACACCGGUAUGGAGCCCGGAAAGACCGCCUUCUUCCAGGCCCUCGGUAUCCCCACCAAGAUCGCCCGUGGUACCAUCGAGAUCACCACCGACUUGAAGCUUGUCGAGGCCGGAGGAAAGGUCGGACCUUCCGAGGCUACCCUGCUCAACAUGUUGAACAUCUCGCCCUUCACCUACGGAAUGUCCAUCUCGCAGGUCUACGACGACGGCCAGUGCUUCGCCUCAUCCGUCCUCGAUAUCGCCGAGGAGGACCUGAUCAAGGCCUUCAUGAGCGCCAUCAAGGCGAUCGCUUGCAUCUCGCUCGCCGCCAACUACCCCACCCUGCCUUCGGUCGCCCACUCGCUCGUCAACACCUACAAGAAGGCCGUUGCUGUUGCCCUGGCCACCGACUACAGCUGGGAUACUAUUGAGGAGCUCAAGGACCGCAUCGCCAACCCCGAUGCGUACGCCUCGUCUGCCCCUGUUGCCGCCGCUUCCGGCCCUGCCGAGUCCUCCAAGCCUGCUGAGGAGGAGAAGGCCGCCGAGGAGGAGGAGUCUGAGGAGGAUGGUGGUUUCGGUGGUCUCUUUGACUAAACUCAUCGAUAUCAGCCGAUACAAGCAGCUAUGUAGUCCGAAAUUUGCGAAGACAAUACAGAGCUGAACCACCAACAAG